ACACACACACACACACACGCACUCCCUCUGCAUACGCCCUCCCUCGCUCUUUCCCAUCCCCUCUCCGCCCCCCUCGCUCGUUGUCCCUCCUUGAUGUCGUCCGACAAGCCCCGCACCAACAAGCGGCCUUCAGCCCGGGCGCCCCUUUCGCGGUCGAGCGUGCCUCUGACCGCGACGCCGGCCGGGCCGCCAGCCGGUGACCCGGCCGCACAGUCCGGCCCCCGGUUCCAGAUUGCCAGCUCUUCGGGGAUCACCUUCGGCGGUCAGCGAGCUGGCGGCGCGGCAUCGACGGCUGGCCGCGCCCCGGCGGGGGCCCGGCCGUCGGCUACGCCAAAUCAAUCCACGACCUCGGAGUCCACGCUGUCCCGCAUCUCCAGCAAAUGGCGCCAAUCGGUGGUCGAUUCGAUGGUCCUCUCGGCGGUGGUGGAUUUGAUCGGGCCGGGGGACUUCCGGCCGCCGGCUGUCACCCCGGCCGCCGGCCCGCAGCACCAUGUCGCCGACUCCACGCUCAUCGCGGCUGCGAUGCUCCUCCGCACAAUGGACUAUGAUGCGGUGCUGCUGGAGCGGGCCGAAGUCGGCCGCUGUGGAUAUCCCCUCUGUGGAAUGCGGAUCCAGUCGGUGGAUGCGCGGUUUUUGCUGCAAGACGGUGUGCCAAGUCGGCAACCGGUCCCGGACCCUGCGGAUGCCGAGGACCUCGACGCUGUGUCCGGCGUCAGGGGCGGGGCCCCGCCUGCCGGUCGUGUUUUCCCCUUUGAGGAGAUGUUCUGCAGCAUUGGCUGCCAGUCGGCGUCGGAGAUUUUCUCGCGGCAGAUCCCGGCCGGGCCGCCGCACGCCCGCGCCGGGCUCGACCGCUUGCCGGGGCUCACGCCGCCCGACACCAUGGCCGCCUUCGCCGACCGGGGGCUCAUGUCCCGGCGGGCGGACAUCGCCUGGCGUCAGCUCCAGGCGCAGGCCCGCGCCGCGGGGCCCGGCAAGAUCGUGCUCCUUCCCCCGAGCGGCCUGGUGGAUGGGUCGGUGAGCGCCAAGCGGACGCUCGAGGCGUCGGUUCACGACGCCCUGGCCACUUUGGAUGCGGCGGCUCGGCGGGAGGCGGCCGACUCGACCGCCCGGGCCAUCCUCACGGACGCCAGCGUGGCGGACAUCGAGCAGAAGGUGCCGGACCUGCUGCAGGCCGUGGAGAAGCUCGUGGUCAAGGAGCGCCGGCCGGAGGAGGUGGCGGCCGCGCGCGAGGCGAAAUCCGCGCGCGCGGUUGGCGACCUGCGUGCCGCGGUCGAGGGGCUGACCCUGACCGAGGCGAAGCCGGCCGCCGGCAGUGCCGCCACCUCGGCCGGUGCGGGCGCCUCGGCCGCUGUCGCUGCGGCGGCCGCCGCCAUUGCCACCCCGAGGGAGGAUAUGGAGUCGGCCGCCGGCGGCGGCUGGUCCGAUCUCUCGGACAAUGAUUUCGACCAGUCGGCCUCCUCCGGGGAUGAUGGCGAUUCCUGGGCCUCGGAUAGUGACGACCCUGAGCAUGAGGCCGAGGAGGAGGCGGAGGAGGCGGAUGACCCGGAUGGGGGCCCGGCCGGCGGGUCGGGCGCCGCGGCGGCCUCCGUCCCCAGCGGCUUCCUGUCCAUUUCGCUGACAACCAACCCCAAGGCCGGUGACGUGGAUCGGGACCUGCCGGCGGCGUUGGAGCGGGCCGGGCAGCCGGCCGAGCUGGCCGUGGCCCGGGCGCGCUCGCUCUUCGGCAUCAACAUCGCCGAGGCCAAGGAACGCGCGCGCCUGGCACGCAUGGUGGAGGGCCACUCGGCGGUGCGCAAGGUUCCCCAUGGGCAUGGGGCGGAUUUGGCGGCCCUGGCCACCAGCGGCCCGGCUCCGCACGAGCCCAUGGUCAUUGAUGGGGCGGCGGCGGCGGCGGCGGCGGCUGCCGGUCUCGAGCCCGGGGUCGGGGCCACGGCCGCGGCCCCGGAGCCGGACAUCCGUCUGGAUGGGUGGUUCCGGUUUUCCGGGGAAGCCGGCCGCGCCGGGGCCGGGGCCUCGGGCCGGCGCAGUCGGACGGCCCAAGCCUCGCCCGUGGACCGGGUGGAGACCCUGCUGCUGGGGGUGGCGACGGUGUCCAGCCGGGCGGCCCUGUCGGAGGUCCGCGGGCUGACGGCCGCCGGGCGGGCGGUCGAAAAGCGCCAGCGUGCCCCGGGGAUUCCCUGCUACUCGGCGGACGAGUGUCGCCAGGGCCUGGAGCGGCUGCUGGCCGGGCAGGCCAGUGUGUCGGGUACGCAUCGGCGCGGGGCGGCGGACGAGCGCCCGGCUCCGGGCAGGGUCGCCGCGGCCGCCAUCGCAGCCGCGGCCGCCGUCGAUACCACCGCGCUGCCGGCCCUGCGGCCCCGCGCGCACGACGGCCUGGCCCCGCGCGAGCACACGCGGCAGGCCCUGCUGGCGGAUGCCCUGGUGGAGGCGGUGCGCCAGUUGCACCGGCGCCUGGAUGCGCGCCUGCUUGAGCAUCACCGCCAGGCCGGCGGGCAGGCUGCCACGCCGAGCCCGGUGGUGGCGGCGGCGCUGGCCGGGCCGCUGUCCUCGGCCGCCGACCUGGACCUGCUGGACCUCGGCCCGCCGGGGACCGCCACCGGGCCCCGGCCCGGGAUCGGGGCCCUGCGUCUGCGGGCCUUCGCCGCGGCCUGCUACACGGUCAGCGACUCGGCCGGGCUGGCCGGCGCGCCGACCCUGAUGGCGGCGGUCCUGACCCGGGCCCUGCUGGCAUGGGACACCGCCCGCACGGCAUCCUGGUCGCUGGAUGUCGGGCCUGUUGGCGGGGGGCUCUUUGGCCUGGAGCCGGCGGAUGCCCGGCUGCCGGAUGACGGUGGCGUGCGCUUCGCCUGGCUGGCCGCCUAUGCCCCGGCCUUCGGGGUGUCGGUGGUGGCCUCGGCCGAUGCCGACCCGCAGGAUCAGGCGGACGACCGGAGCCUGGCCCUGGUGGACGAUGUGCUGGCGGCCUACCUGGCCGGGUGCCUGGGGACCGCGCCGACCGGGCCGGGCCGAGCCGCGGCGCCCCCCCCGGCGGCCGCCCUGGCCGCCGCGCGCCAGGCAAUGCGCACCCUCUGGUGUGCCCUGACGGCCGGGUGA